GAUUUAAUGCAGCGUAAUCACAGCGCAUGCUCAGACAGACGGAAAAUACUGCUUGUAUUUAUUUCCUGCUUGAUGUUUCCUUUCGGAGCAAUGGCAAAAGUGAAAGCCACCUUGGUUUGUGCAGGGCUUUUUCUAUGUUCAACGGUGCUUGCAAUUGUCGAAGAACUCGAUGACACAUUUAAAGACACCAGAGUAGAUGAUGUCUGGCUGGUGGACUUUUAUGCACCAUGGUGUGGCUACUGUAAAAAACUGGAGCCCGUUUGGUAUGACGUCGGCGCCGAGUUGAAAAGCUCUGGAUCGCCUGUGCGAGUGGGCAAGAUGGACGGCACUGCAUAUUCCGGCAUGUCCUCAGAAUUUGGAGUACGAGGAUACCCCACAAUCAAAUUGCUAAAGGGUGAUCUUGCCUAUAAUUACAAGGGGCCAAGGACAAAGGAUGACAUCGUAGAAUUCGCCAACAGGGUAGCAGGGCCAGCAGUCCGAGCACUUCCAAGCAAGCAGAUGUUUGACCAUAUGAUGAAGAGACAUGACGUGCUCUUUGUAUACUUCGGCGGGGAGUCUCCUCUCAAGGAGAAGUAUAUCGACAUGGCUGCGGAGCUGAUUGUGUAUACAUACUUCUUCUCUGCGUCUGAAGACGUCUUACCAGAGUCAGUGACUUUGCCAGAGCUUCCAUCGGUCGUAGUCUUCAAGGACGGGGCCUACUUUACCUAUGAUGAGUACGUGGACGGUGGCUUGUCUUCCUGGGUUAACAAAGAGCGAUUUCAGAGCUACCUGCAGAUCGAUGGCUUCACCCUGUAUGAACUGGGAGAGACAGGCAAAUUGGUGGCGAUUGCAGUCAUCGACGAGAAGGACCCGACAGAGGAAAGCGGCAGAUUAAAGACUCUGAUUCAGAGAGUGGCAAAGGAAUACAGGGAGCAUUUUAACAGAGACUUCCAGUUUGGCCACAUGGAUGGAAACGACUACAUCAACAGCCUCAUUAUGGGAGAGGUGUCGGUGCCGUCCAUCAUCAUCCUCAACACGUCUAAUGAGCAGUACUUCCUGCCCAGCGAGCCCGUGGAGACCCUGGAGCAGCUGGUUCACUUCAUCAACAGUGUUCUAGACGGCUCCGCUCAGGCCCAGGGAGGAGACGGCAUGUUCCAGAGGGUCAAACGAGUGGCCUUCGAUGCCAAGUCCACCAUUAUGUCUGUGUUUCGCAGCUCCCCAGUGCUGGGCUGUUUCCUGUUUGGUCUGCCACUGGGCGUGAUCAGCCUGAUGUGCUAUGGCAUCUGCACAGCCGAGUCGGACGAUGGCCAGGAGGACAUGGAGCUCAUGAAGAGGGACGACGAGGAGGAGGAGGACGACGAGGAGGACGAGCCUCGGCAGGCCCCCGGGGAGCUGGAGGGCCCCGAGGAGGACGGAGAGAAUGAGGAAGAGGAGGAGCAGGAAAAGAACCCGGACGACAAGAAAGCAGAUUAAUGCCAAGGGUAGUGGAGGCGGAGAAACAGGCCUAGUGACAUACAUGGAACUCAGACACAUAUCAACAAUGUGUUGUUUUAUAUAUUUUUCAUCUUUAUCAUCCCCCCCCUGCCCUACUGUUUUCUUUUCGCAGACAGUUUUUUUAUUGCUAUUGAAUCUUAUUUGUCAGUCUUAUUAGGUCAGCCGCUAGGCAACGCACUAAAAAAAUCAUGUCCUUUAUUAAAUUAGCCUUUUGGAAAUGGAAUUACAAAGAUUAGUCAUUGAUAAGUGUUGCAGAGAAGAAAGGAAGGAAAUAAGCCACAUUUUAGCUAAAUGUAUUAUUAUCAUUUCUUAAACAACCACUACACAGGGUCAUUCCAUACUUUGAAUCAGGUAGCAUUUGUGUAAAAAAAAAGUUACCCAUUUUUCCUGUGUCCAAUGGCACUGAAAUAUUUGAUAUUGAUUUAUACACUUUGUUCUGUUGGAAUUUAGAAUUCCCAAAUCAAAGCUUUUGAUUACUACCCCAACCCCCCCCCCCCCGCUGAAUGUUGCAAUUCACCCAUAGUCGACUGCAGAGGAAGUGCCCAUGAAGGAAAAUUUGCCAUAAAAUGAAUACUCAUGCUUUUCAAAUGGAAUCUCACGUUUGAGCCCACAAUCUGGAUAAUGUAAGGUUGAAGGGAUGUCUGGCUUAUUUACCCUGCAUUAGUUUUAAAUAGACACACUGUACAGUAAGUUGUUUUUUCUCUAUUUUAGAUGGCCAAUGGUUCAUGUAAUGUGAGACAGGCUUAAUGACAUCAAUAUGGGUUGUGCAUCUGAAAUGGCACCCUAUUCCCUAUAUAGUGCACUACUUUUGACCAGCUUGGCCAAAAGUAGUGUACUAUAUAGGGAAUAGGGUGCCAUUUCAGAUGCAAACAUGGAAUGGUUAUACACUUGAAGACAAUGGCUGAUCAGAUUCAAAAUGGUGGCUCUUUGCUCUCCUCUGAAAGAUCUUUACCACCUGUUGUCCAUCACUAGUUCUGGUAGGCUACGUUUCUGGGAAGGAAAUGGUAUCAGAUUGCAUAGAAAUGCACUGAGAUUACAAUACAAUUCAGUGUGAGUUUACUCAAUGCACUGACAAAAUCCUGUUGGGAGUUUUUACAGUACUUAAUGACAGUACAUUGCAAUAAAAGGGUCAUGUGGCGUUUAAAGGGGUACACUGUCGUUUAUAUUCUUAGUCCUACAUAAGCAUUGCAUGACAAUGUAUAUGAUAUGACCUACGGUUGAUGAACAAUGCCAGAUCAACUACUACAACGGUUUAUCUUAUGGAUACAUGGCAUACUGAUGUUAAUGAAAUGUUAGAUCAAGGUCAUAUAAGUAUUACGAAAAACAUCUCCAGCCCUCUCGUUAAGUUACCCAGUGAAACUAUUAUAUUACAUAACAAUUGUUCCGUUUCUGUUCAACUUUUUUCUUUAGCGGAUUUCAUAGACGUGUUGAUAGUUUAGAAACAAAACCGACACGUGCGCGACUAUAGGGCAAAACAGAUUGCGUUAGAUUGAUGACAAAAUGUUAUAUUUAGUCUCCAAUGUUUAUCGAAAACAAUACAUUUCCACAAUGAGCACUUAUCUCAAAUAGAUUGUUACAGUUGUUAGUUGGCUAGCAAAUUUGAGCCAUAUUAGCAUAGACAUGACUUCAGUCUAAGCACCUCAAAAACAAGACAUGGCAUCAAGAACAAGAUAAAACUAGCUACCUACGAUUCCCCACAUGGUAGCUUCUUGUCAUUGUUGCUAGCUAUCUGGCCAUCCAGAAUCACAACACACUGCCCCAUUGAAGCGCGCGCAUCGUUUUCGUGACGUCAGCUAAAACAUCUAUUGUGCUUGUGUCUAGCGUUUAGUUGACAAAAUUAGGCACCCGAACCCAAGUACUAAUCUUGGUUUUCAGAAGACAACUGUGAAACUGCACUAUGGAAACCAACAUGCCCUUGCCUUGCAUUCUGGUCAUUGUAGUUGCCUACCAUUCUCUGCCAAACUUUGCUCAUUGGGUUUGAAUUGAGAUUGUCACACUUUAUUACUGGUUUGAAAUAAAGAUUGUCCUCUUUUUCUUGUUGA